AUGGCGUCAGCUUCCGAAACCAAGCCCGAGACUCUCGAUGGUGAGAAGGCCAGAUCAGUGAUGGAUCAGGACGAUGAUCCCUCCAUCUCCAACAUCGAAGAAAAACCUCUGGUCAGAAAGACUGAUCUUCAGUAUCAAUCGCAUAACCUGAUGCCUAUUCUCAUAGCUAUCUAUAUUCUGCAAUUUCUCGAUAAAAGCAGCUUGAAUACAGCCUCGCUCCUUGGUAUUAUCCAGGAUACGAAACUAGUUGUUCUCGGCUGCCACGGUGCUAGCGAGAACUUUGCAGCCCUUUGUUCCUUACGUGUGCUCCUUGGUGCCUACGAGGCCACCAUGAAUCCCGGCUUCACGCUCAUCACAGAACUCUGGUACAAGCCGUCAGAGCACGCUGCACGCCACAGUCUUUGGUUCUUAGAAAAUUCUGUAGGAUCUCUUCUCGGUAGUCUCGUUGCCUAUGGUUGCACUUUCAUCACUGGAGGACCCCUCGCACCGUGGAGAGUGAGCUCGCCUUCUUUGAACCUCUUCUUUCCACGACAGUCACUCCUCCUUGGGAUGCCUCUGGCUGUUUAUAAUGUAAUCGUCGUCCUCCUUCCCGCCUGGCUUACUAAGAGAUUCCGCAAAUCCCGUUGCAUUGUCGCUGCAAGCGCCUCGGCCCUUUCGCUAGUAGGCACGAUCCUCGUCCGCCAGCUACCAGCAACAGACAAUGCUGGACGCUAUAUAAGGCUCAUCCUAUGCGCCUCGUGCGCUAACGUAUUCCCAAUGAUGCUGAGUCUCAUAUCAAGCAACGUUGCUAGAUUUACCAAGAAGUCCACGGUCAACAUCGUGUUCCUCCUCCGAUACUGUGCAGGCAAUAUUGCUGGUCCACAAUUCUUUAUUCCAACAUCAACAGAGGCACCCAAAUACGGCAUAAGAAAAGAUGAUUUCCCUCUCUAG